AUGGAAAAAAGGUGGUUCCAUUCGAUGUUGUUUAACGAGGAAUUAAAACAUAGGUCUGGGCUAAGUAAAUCAAUGGAUAGUCUUGGUCCUAUUGAAAAUACCUGUGGAAGUGAAGAUCCCGUUAUAUAUGAUAGGGAUAAAAAUAUUGAUAGUGGGGACGAUAGUGAUAAUUCCAGUGCUAAUAAUAUGGAUACUUUUUUCGAUGUCAGGGACAUUCGGAGUUUGAUCUCUGAUGACAUCUUUUUAGUUAGGGAUCGUAAUGGUAACAGUUAUUCGAUAUAUUUUAAUAUUGAAAAUUUUAUUUUCGAGAUUGACAACGAUCGCUCUUUUAUGAAUGAACUAGAAAGUUCCUUUUAUAGUUAUCUGAAUAAUGGUUCUCAAAGCGACAAUCACUACUACGAUCGUUAUAUGUAUGAUACUCAAUAUAGUUGGAAUAAUCACAUUUUUAAUUGCAUUGAUAGUUAUCUUCGUUCUGAAAUCAGUAUUGAUAAUUACAUUUCAGGCGAUAGUUACAAUUACAGCGACAGUUACAUGUAUAGUUACAUUUGUAAUGAAAGUGUAAAUAGUAGUGACAACGAGAGUUCCAGUAUACGAAUUAGCACAAAUAGAAGUGAUUUCAAUAUGAGAAGAAGAUAUAAUGAUCUCGAUAUAAAUAAAAAAUACAGACAUUUGUGGGUUCAAUGCGAGAGUUGUUAUGGGUUAAAUUAUAAGAAAUUUUUUAAGUCAAAACUCAAUGUUUGUGAACAAUGCGGAUAUCAUUUGAAAAUGAGCAGUUCAGAUAGAAUCGAGCUUUCGGUUGAUCCGGGCACUUGGGAUCCUAUGAAUGAAGACAUGGUUUCUAUGGACCCCAUUGAAUUUCAUUCAGAAGAGGAACCUUAUAAAGAUCGUAUCGAUUCUUAUCAAAGAAAAACAGGGUUAACCGAGGCUAUUCAAACAGGCAUAGGUCAACUAAAUGGUAUUCCCAUAGCUAUUGGGGUUAUGGAUUUUCAGUUCAUGGGGGGCAGUAUGGGAUCCGUAGUAGGCGAGAAAAUUACCCGUUUGAUCGAGCAUGCGACUCGUAAAGCUCUACCUCUUAUUAUAGUUUGUGCUUCGGGAGGAGCGCGCAUGCAAGAAGGAAGUUUGAGCUUGAUGCAAAUGGCUAAAAUAUCUUCCGCUUCAUAUAAUUAUCAAUCAAAUAAAAAGUUAUUCUAUGUAUCAAUCCUUACAUCUCCUACAACCGGUGGGGUGACUGCAAGUUUUGGUAUGUUGGGAGAUAUCAUUAUUGCCGAGCCUAAUGCCUACAUUGCAUUUGCGGGUAAAAGAGUAAUUGAACAAACAUUGAAUAAGACAGUACCUGAUGGUUCCCAGGCGGCUGAGUAUUUAUUCCACAAGGGCUUAUUGGACUCAAUCGUACCACGUAAUCCUUUAAAAAGUGUUCUGGGUGAGUUAUUUCAGCUUCACGGUUUCUUUCCCUUAAAUCAAAAUUCAAUCAAGUAG